UUAUGUUUCAGCUGCACAAUAUAACUCCAUGCAGCAUGGCUGUUUGGGUGGAGAAAAAUUCAGACGCAUGGCAGGUGGAAUGGCAGGUGCGAAGACCCGGACGAAGGACAAAUACAGAGUGGUGUACAGUGACGUACAGCGUCUGGAGCUGGAGAAAGAAUUUCAUUUCAGUCGCUACAUCACCAUCAGAAGGAAGGCGGAGCUUGCUGUGGCUCUCUGCCUAUCAGAACGACAGGUGAAGAUUUGGUUCCAGAACAGACGAGCUAAAGAGAGAAAGAUGAACAAGAAGCGACUGCAGCAGGUUCAGCAGACGUCCGGCGCAUCCGUCCACAGCAGCGUCGCCAUGGUUACCAGCACCAACAACACUCUAUUGACAGACAAUCAUAUAUCCCCUUCCAUCAAAGAGGAAUACUGAGAGAAACUGAAGAUAAACAGUAAAUGUUUCACAUUGCACUACACACACAUGUUUUAUUGUGAAUAAAGCACACAGUAUUUCAAUAGUUUGUAAAGAAUGAAGAUGUCAGUUUUUGAUAUGAGCACACUGACUGCUGAAUAGAAUUCUUAAUGGAUGACUGUAUAUUGAGCGCUGAUAUCGCCACUUUUCUAUGCAUAUUUGAUAUCUACUGAAUCAACAAAAUGUUUACUUUUUUGUUUAUUGUUGCUUCUUAAAAAAUGAUUUGGGGCAGAUCACUAAACCAGUAAAACCGCUUUGAAGUGAUUCUGCAUUUAAAUUGAAUGCAAACAUGUUCAUGUCCACGUCAUCUUUCUAUUAAAAACAAAGUAUUUUAGACGUUUGGUGGUGAGAGAAAAUGUGCUUUAUUCUCUCAAAAACAGAA